AUGACCGUCAUUCGAAUCGAGGCCGUGACGGAUAUGCUCUGUCCGUGGUGCUACGUCGGCAAGAAGAACCUCGACCGCGCCAUGGAGCUCUACCGCGAGACGGACCCGACGGCCGAGUUCGAGGUGGCCUGGAAACCGUUCUACCUCAGCCCCGCGAUGAAGAACACCGGCUACGACAAGAGGAGCGUCUACGUGAGGAGGUUCUCCAUGUCGGGCGACUACGACACCGUCUACGAGCGCGUGUCGUCCGUGUGCGGCCGCGCGGGCAUCAACCUCGACAUCAGCGGGACCACGGGCAACUCGCGCCAGUGCCACAAGCUCAUCGCGCUCGCCCUGACGAAGGGCCUCGACGUCCAGGACAGGCUGCUCAACGCGCUGCUCCGGGGCAACUGGGAGGAAGGGGCCGACAUCACCGACCGCGGGUUCCUCCUGGCCGCGGCGGCCGAGGCUGGGCUGGACCGGGGGGAGGCCGCGCGGGUGCUGGACAGCGAGAGGGCCGGGGAGAUGGUCGACGGGGAGGUCCUCCGCGCGAGGAAGGCGGGCGUGACGGGCGUGCCGACGUUUACGGUCCAGGGGCGGUGGCGGGUCGGGGGCAACCAGGAGCCCGACGUGUUUUUGAGGGUGUUUGAGCGGGUUGCCGAGGAGGACUGA